AUGGAGAUGCUGCGGAGAAAAUCUACAGAGAAAAAGGCAAAGGCCUCCAAGAAGAAGAAACACUCCAAGGUCAAAGCCGAGAGGGAAGCAUCCCCUGUGGACCUUCCCAUUGACCUGAACGAGCCCACGCACUGUCUGUGCAAUCAGGUCUCCUAUGGAGAGAUGAUCGGCUGUGACAAUGACGAGUGCCCCAUCGAGUGGUUCCACUUCUCCUGCGUGGGGCUGAACCAUAAACCCAAGGGCAAGUGGUACUGCCCCAAAUGUUGAGGGGAGAACGAGAAGACCAUGGACAAGGCCCUGGAGAAGUCCAAAAAGGAGCAGGCCUACAACAGGUAG